GCUUUUGCCUCAAGAAAACCCAAACGGCCGAACGACGUCGUUUACGUCUUCUUCAAAACAACUCAAAUUCCCACCGCUUUCGAAUCUCUCUGUCCGAAACUCCAAAACCCUAGUAGAAAACCUGUAAACCCAAAACCGUAAUAAACCAGAAAAGCAAAACCUCAAACCACCACCAAUGGCCGGCGGUCGAUUCAGGGAGCUCCUCAAGAAGUACGGCAAGGUAGCCCUCGGCGUUCACUUUUCGGUAUCAGCGGCGUCGAUAACCGGACUCUACGUCGCCAUCAACAACAACGUCGACGUCGAGUCCAUGCUCGCGAAGGUCGGCAUGAAAGGCGUGGAAGAGAAAACCGCUCAGAAAGAAGAACAAAGUACGAUACAGAAUCUUCCUCAGUCGAAUCUCGAAACGAACGAUGGGUUCGUGGUUGAGGAAACGGCGGCGGUGGCGGUGAAGAAGAGGAAUCGGACGGCCGAGCUGGCGGCGUCGAGCGGCGGAGCGCUCGCUCUGGCAGUGUUGUGUAACAAGGCUCUGUUUCCGAUUCGAGUUCCGAUUACUAUAGCGCUUACGCCACCGAUCGCGAGGUUCUUGGCGAGGCGGCAGAUCAUUAAGAACAAUGGUUUCGGUAAUUGAUCAUCUGUGUGGAAGGAUGGUGCUAUGGAGAUGGAUCAAAUCAAGGAGUACAUCAGUCAAGCUUUGGUUCCCCAUGAAUGGUGCACAUAGGAAUUCUUGAAAUAAGACUUGUGUAUGCAGGACUAAUAUUUAUAUAAUGGUUGUAUCUUGGUCAACUUCCCUUGAUAAGUUGUGCUGAUUCCGGCCGCUACAUUGUCAAAAACCACAUUGAAUUUCAAAGCCCUCGUCAUUUCCAGGUUUUUCCAUUUCCCCUAGAAAUGGCGAUGAGGCUGUGUGUUGUUUUCUGUCCUCAAUAGCUGCAUGAGAUUGUGGUUUGGUACAAUUUUUGCCCUCUGUAUCCUUUUUGUAUUGGAUUUAAUCUUUUGUUUUAAAGCCAGUUAUUGUUCAUUUCGCA